AUGAAUGUGAGUUCAAUUGACGAAUUUAACCACUGGUUCAAACCUCUUCGUUUCGUGCUUCCUCUAAAACCACCCAAAACCCAUUCGAACCUUGUCCAAAUACCAAACACCAAAGCCGAAGCCUACUAUCUCCAAGACGAGAUCUUAGUCAAACCAGAAAAACUAGCAGAUUUGGGGAGAAAGUAUAGGUACUUUUACGCCGUUAGCGCCGAUGUGGAUGCGCCCAACCCCGGAACUAUAAUCAAGGUCGAUACUGUCACGAAGACUUGGAAAACGUGGUGCGAGGAUAACUGCUACCCCAGCGAACCUGUCUUCGUGCCGCGUCCUAACAGCCAGUUUGAAGAUGAUGGUGUUGUUUUGGCGUCGAUGGUUUGGGGAGGAGAUGACACCAACAGAGUUGGUCUUUUGAUUCUUGAUGCUGCGACGUUUGAGGAAGUAGGGAGGGCUGAGUUUGAUACUCCUGGACCAGCCCCAAAGUGUCUACAUGGAUGGUUUUUACCAAAAGAUAAAGUUUAGGGUUUGCUGUCUCGGAACAUAAAAUUUGUGUACUAUUUCCUUGGAAUUUUUUAAAUAAAAACUUGCAGAUA